AUGGUCGACCUGGAUCGUAUUCUGGGCCUGGCCAACCUGCGAAGCCGAUUGGCUGAGCUCAAGAGUCAACUCAGCAUCGCUUCCCAUGGCGAGAUUCACGCCGUCUUGGGGCGACUAGUCUAUGCCCUGACCAGCGACGAGACAGAUAAUCGACUUCACGUGAUGCGCCUCACGCAGAAGAGGGAACCCACCGAAUACAAACUCGCCAUGACCCUGACCCGACCAACGAUUCUGCCUCCAGGUGUUCUCGACUUUUUCAUGCUGCGCUUUGCCGCCGUCAUCAUGGAGCAAGCCACCAGCUCAGGCUCCCUCAAUUACAUCAGCUCGGGCACCGUCUAUUUUGACCUCGUCUUUGACUACCUGGGCGCUGCUCUGCCACAAUCAGAGGCUGCUUUCAACGGAGCCCAUACAGUGCAGCAAAGUCUCUUGCACCCGCAUCGUUCCGCAGCCUCUCAAUCCAGCGCCCACACAGGGCCAGCUAUCUUUCCUACAGCCGCCUCCUGCGAGCGUGUCAUCAUGUGCCUCAUGCUCACGUGGGCAGGCAAGGCCAUGGCCCACCGAGACAUUGAAUCGGCAAUCAAUGCCGAUUGCAUUGGAGCCCUUUCCAUGGUGGCCCGCUUCCACCACUGUAGUCACAGCUUUUUGCGCUCGAAAAGCAAUUCGGCGUUCCACCGAGAGCUUUUGCGCUCGCUAGAAGACGUCGUCGCUCCCGCUCUUCAGCGAGCCGUCUACCACGUCCUGGAUCAAGCCCUUGACCCAGAAAAUAACCACUCAUACACCGACGUGGCACUGGAGCUCUGGUUCAAAUACGGUCGCCCCUGGCGCUACGGGUACAAUGUUGCCCGGGACGCACAAGAACAGGGCUCAUAUACCUCGGAUGCUUGGGCUUCGUUUGUGGAGGCCAAUGCACCACUCUACUCGAUUGGCUUCCAGCACCUAGCCGCUCGAGCUGUCCACUUUGACUACACCUUUGAUGCGACACGAUGGGUCAGCGGAAAGCCUCCCAAGGAGCAGAUUCGACUUCUCAACUGCCUCGAGCUUUUUGCUGGUACAAAGGUCACCCCGCAAGAUAAAGAUCUCUGUGAAGGGACACUUGGCUACGAUCUUUGGAGGCUGGAAGAAAAUUGCUGUUUACACGGCUCGUCAAACUCGCCGAUUCAACAAGCGCUGGCGCGCCUUUCCACCACGCAGCAAGUCGCCUAUGUGCCCAUUCUUUCGGAAAAAUGCCCACCCAUCACAAAAGCGACAAGCAAUGGCUCCGCCGCCGCCGUUGCUCAGACACGCUUCCUGCAAAAUAUCAGUGCCAUCGGCAAGGCCCUACGUCACGCGAUGAACGUGGCCCGUGAGCGUGAAGAGAAGCUAGACCGUCGCGCACACAACUGGAUUGCCUACGUUUUUCCCGAUCCCGAACUGCAGCCGUCCAUGCGCUCGGCUCUGAGGCGCUAUCAAGGGCACCUAAGCCGUGUUCACCUUUUACUACACAACCUCUUUCAAGAGGUGGCCAUUGAGGUGAGUCUAGUCUAUUCUUAUGCCGUGGCUUGCGGUCUUGCUAAUGAGAAUGCGUCGCAUCAACCACGGCGAUCCUUUGAAAUUCCAGUCAUGGUUGGUCUUCUGGACAAGCUCUCUGAUUGGAUCAACGAUGAGUUUGAGAUCAAGCCAUGGCUCAAGACCAGUGCUGAAGAGGCAUACGCAACGAUUGAGGAUGAGCGGUAUCGUGGCGAAGGCGCCUUUGCUGUUUGGCCCAUGACAUCAGCCGAUGGCGCCUUGGCCCGUGAUCGCUACAACAUCGUGGUCCGCCGCCAUGGCGAGAACCACCGAGACGUGAUCGUGUCCACCGCAUCGGGCAUGCUGACGCUGGAUGGCGUGGAAAUGUUUGGCGAGAUUGGAGAGCUGGUUCGCUUUUAUCAGCGUGUUCCUUACUACCUUGAUCGAAACGGGGCCGCACAUAUUCUAGCUCAGGUAGAAUGGCUUUGUGCGAUGCUAGACCUUUAUAUGCCGUUCCCGGUCCCGUGA